AUGAGCAAUUAUCCAAAGGCAUUCGCAGUCGGAUUAGGUAUCAUUGGUCUGGGAUAUGCUUUAUUGCUGACGACUGUCCCAACAGAGGAUCAACUUUACGAGGCAAGUAAUCGCAAACUGUCACCGGAACUCAAGAAACAAUAUGAACAAGUCAAAGCUGAUCAGGUGCGCAGACAAGCUUUCUCAGAUGUUUUAAAAAGAGCAGCAGCGGAUCCAGAGCCAAUGUGGAUCAAGAAGGAUACGACACCCAAAGGCCGAUAA